AUGGCACAACCAACAGCAUUAGCCACGAAGUCCGCAGAGGCGCGGCUUGUCAAGCCAAUGCAGAUUCUCUCGCUUGGAAUGACGAGGACAGGCUCCUCCUCCAUAGCCCAAGCACUCUCAAUCCUCGGGUACCAAAAUAUCCAUCACGGCGUCAAGGACGUCGGGAAUGCCAACGACUGGCCAGUCUUGUCGAAAGCAGCAGACUCCUUCUUUCCCAGCCUGCCGACCUACACGGGUGCGUCCUUCACCCGCGCCGACUGGGACCAGGUCUUUGGUAGAUAUGACGGCGCUACUGAUAUUGCAUCCUUCUUCGCGGUGCCUCUGAUGGACGCCUACCCGGAGGCCAAGGUUAUCCUCGUCGAACGGGACGUAGAGUCGUGGUAUGCCAGCAUGGACGAGGCUAUCUGGAGCACGACGUGGGGCUGGCGCGCGUUCCUGAUCAUGGACGUUAUCGGGCGGCUCAAGGGGCUCCAGGGUGGGCUGACGAUCCGUAAGAUCAUGCUGGGAUACUAUGAGGCUAGAAAUGUGGGUGAGAUCAGGCGCAAGGCGAGAGAUCGCUAUCGCAGGCAUUAUGAAGAAGUCAGGGCUGCUGCUCCCAAGGACCGCCUGCUGGAGUACAAGGUCGAGGAUGGGUGGGGCCCGCUGUGCGAGUUUCUAGGGAAGCCGGUCCCGGAUGUGCCCUUCCCGCACGCGAACAAGAGGAAAGACCAUGUGGCACGGGUUGCGGCGCGGCAGAACAUGUUUCUGAAGAUGGUCGCAUUGGGCGUGUUGAAGAAACUGUUGCCGGGUGUUGUCCUGGCUGUAGCAGCGGGUUUGGGGUAUUGGGCUGGGAAGGAGAGGGGAUAUGGCCUUGAUCUUGUCAAGAACUGGUGGAAGCAAUUGUCGUGA